AUGGUUAAAAUAACAGUUAAGACUACGCAGCAGAAGGUUUUCCAGAUCGACGCUGAACCGACUGACACUGUUGGCGAUCUCAAGGCUAAAAUCGAAGCAGAGCACGGACAUGCAGCAGGCGCCCAAAAGAUUAUAUACUCAGGCAAGGUGCUUCCCGAUGACAAGACAGUCGAGUCCUGUGGCAUAAAAGAAAAGGAUUUCCUCGUUCUUAUGGUCUCUAAGGUAUGCAUCGUCCCUUUCUCAAUCCUCCGUAAGAAGCUUAUGGAUAUAGCCCAAACCCACUCCCAUGCUACUGAAACUGCUCCGACCCCUGCUGCGGCACCGGCACCGGCCCCGGCCACUGCCCCAACUGUUGACGCGUCACCUUCUAACCCACCGCCUGCCUUUGGCGACACAUCGGCUUUCCUGUCUGGAGAUGUACUCCAAACUACGAUAACGAACAUCAUGGAGAUGGGCUAUACCCGCGAAGAAGUUACACGGGCUAUGCGUGCAAGUUUCAACAACCCAGAUCGGGCAGUUGAGUAUCUGAUGACUGGGAUUCCGGCUCAUCUGGAGGGUGAGGCUUCUGGCGCUGCCCGAGCCCAGCCUCAAGCCCAACCCGCACCAGCAAAUCCUACCGCUGCCGCUGCUCCUGCCGCCGCCGCUACGCCUGCUGCCGCUCCAGCCGGUCAACAGAACUUGUUCCAGCUCGCCCAGCAGCAACAACAGCAACAGGCUGGUGGAGGAGCCGCCGGUGGACCCGCCGGAGGCCAGCUUGACCUUGCUGCACUCCAAAGCAACCCACAAAUCCAGCAACUUCGUGAAUUAAUGGCUCAGAAUCCUGCUCUUAUCCAACCUCUUAUCCAACAACUCGGACAAUCCAACCCAGCGCUGAUGCAAAUGAUCGAACAAAAUCCCGCCGCCGUCGCUCGUUUGUUUGGUGUAGAAGGUGCUGAGUUUGAAGAUGGUGAAGACGGUCCAGUUCCACCAGGCGCCCAUGUAGUCAGUGUGACCGAAGAGGAAAGAGCUGCCAUUCAACGCCUCGAGAACUUAGGAUUUCCCCGACAGGCUGUGCUGGAGGCUUACUUUGCGUGUGAUAAGAAUGAGGAGCUGGCUGCGAAUUAUCUUUUCGAUAGUAGUAACUUUGAGGACUGA